AUGGCUCAAGCUGUCAACAAAGACUUCAAAGUUCUCGUGGUAGGAGCCGGCCCGUCUGGGCUGCUUCUAGCCGUCCUGCUGGCAAAACACGGCAUCAAAGUAACAAUACUUGAGAAGACGGCCGAGCUUGACAAGCAGCCUCGAGCAUCAUUCUACAGCGCGCCUGCGAUCUUCGAAUUCAAACGAGCAGGCAUCUGGGACGAUGUCGCUGAAGUGGGAUACCAUGGAUCGGGAGUGUGCUGGAGAUAUCUGGAUGGCACUUACAUUACUGGCAUCGAUGCUUACAAGCUUCCGAAAGAUUUGAGAAAUGUGUCCUUACCACUCACCGAACUUCUUCCACUUAUUAAGGGCCAUUUAGAUCGGUAUCCGUCGGCGGAAGUUUUGAUGAGCCAUGAAGUUGUUGGCCUUGGCCAGGAUGAGAAGCAAGCGUGGGUUGAUGUCAAGACUCCAGAUGGCGAGAAACGGCUGUUCGCGGAUUACAUCGCAGGCUGUGAUGGCGGGCAAAGCACCGUUCGACGCCUUCUUUUGGGCCCAUCAUCCUUCCCUGGGAAGACGUGGGAGAAACAGAUUGUAGCGACGAAUGUGCGAUAUCCGAAAUGGCCCUCCUUUGACUGGCCGACUUCCAACUUCAUGAUCCAUCCCGAGCAUUUUUCCAUGAUUGCUCAGCUUUCAAAUGACCGACUGCUGAGGGUCACGUAUGGUGAAGAAUUGGGCCUGUCGAAUGAGCAGAUGCGCGAGCGAUUACCUUGGAAGUUCAGGACUCUCGUUCCCGGAGCUCCGGAGCCAGGAGAGUAUGAAGUCGUUGGGUUCAGCCCGUACAAGAUUCAUCAGAGGUGUGCCGAGACAUUGCGGAAAGGAAGAUUUUUGCUUGCAGCCGAUGCUGCACAUCUUUGCAAUCCAUUCGGUGGCAUGGGUUUGACUGGAGGCUUUGUCGACAUCGGUGGACUCUACGAAUGCCUCUAUGGCAUUUACGCCGGCCUUGCCGACGAGAGUAUUCUGGACAAAUAUGAUACGGUUCGUCGAGAGAAGUUCUGGCAGGUCAUCGAUACGAUCAGUAGUGGUAACAUCACACGGCUCUGGGAUCCUUCGCCUGAAGUUGUCGGAAAUGAUUGGUUCUUGAAUCUUUUGAAGCAGGCUGAGGCUGAUGAGUCAGGGAAGAUGCUUCGUGAUAUGACUUUGGGGGUCAACGCAGUGAUGCACGACUUCACGCAGUAUUAUCACAAAGAUAGCGAUCCAAGUAUACCAUUGCCGGCGUCAUAUGCCAGCCAGAUGACAGACUGA